AUGGCGGAGGACUUCCGAUCAGCGGUGGAGGACGGCCUGCGCCUCUCCAAGAGAAUAUACUUCGGCGACGACAGAAAGGCGCCGCCCAAGCCUCCGCCGGCGAUGGAAAGAUCCAACAGCGCCGCCUCCACGUCGCCGCCGCCGCCGCCGCAAUAUCUGCCGACGUGUCCGAUGAUGUACGCUGUGAUCGGAAACCCUGAGAUCGUGGACAAUCCGGACAUGCCGAGCUACCAGCCGUACGUUCACGGCAAGCUGGAUCCGCCGGCGCUGAUGCCGCUGCAGAUGAAUCGGAUUUCUAUGGAGGUCGACUGCGCCGCCGCCGACACGGCGGUCGUCGCCGUCGCGGCGUCGUGGCGCGUGCACUGCGUCAUGGGAAGCCGCGCGUGUGAUUGCCUCCUCGCGCUCCCCGUCGGCGAACAGGGUUCAAUUCUAGGAGUGGAAAUAGAUAUCCCAAUGAGAUCAUUCCGUACUCAAAUAGCCUCUGCUUUUGAAGAAACUGCCAACUCCAAGAAAAGCAACAAUAAAGCAGCAAUAGAGAUUAACGACCACCCCCACCUUACUCCCAAUAUUUUCACCGUAAAGAUUCCCAAGAUCGACGGCGGCACAAAUCUCUCCGUCAAGCUCCGGUGGUCGCAGCGAUUAGUUCACCACGGAAACGGCCAGUUCACGUUGCAGAUCCCCUUCGCCUUCCCGGAGUACGUCACACCUGCAGUCAAGAAGAUUUCCAAACAUGAGAAGAUACAAAUCGGCGUUACCCCCUGUCCCGGCACGGACAUCCUCUGCGUCACAUCCAGUCAUCCCAUGAAGGAGAAGCAUCACGACUCGUUGGGGAAGAGGACCUAUUUGUACGAGGCGGACGUGCUUUCGUGGUCGAAAGACGACUUGGUUUUCUCUUACACCGUAUCUUCGAGCAAUACUUUCGGCACCGUGCUGUUGGGCUCGUCGCCAGACGUCGACGGUCAAAGGAUGUUCUGCUGUUAUCUUUACCCUGGAACAAGCAAGCCAAUCAAAACGGUUUUCACAAGGGAAGUGGUGUUUGUCGUGGACAUAAGUGGUAGCAUGAAGGGUAAAGUUCUUGACGAUACGAAAAACGCCAUCUUAGCUGCUCUUGCAAAGCUAAGCUCCGACGACUCAUUCAACGUUAUUGCAUUCAACAGCGAGAGCCACCAGUUUUCGUCAUCUUUAUGUCCGGCAACACAUUCCUGCAUCGAAGAAGCCAGACAAUGGAUUAAUGAGAAUUUCGUAGCCGCCGGUGGAACCAAUAUUUCGCACCCUUUGAACCAGGCAAUGGAGAUGUUUUCUAACAACACGUCCGCCAUCCCUGUCCUUUUCCUCGUAACCGAUGGCUCGGUCGAAGAUGAGAGGCAGAUUUGUGACGACAUGAAAAAUCAUUUUUCAAAAUUUACCAAUGUCCUACCCAGGGUGUACACACUCGGCAUAGGGAGCUUCUGCAAUCAUCAUUUUCUUCGGAAGCUUUCUCUGCUAGGCGGUGGCUAUCAUGAUGCAGUUCUUUAUGCGGCAGAUUCUAUCAAGGAACGAAUGAAAAGACUAUUCGACAGAGCCUCCGAGAUUUUUCUUACUGACAUUGCUUUCGAAAAUCUCGACAAGCUUCAUGAUGUUGAGGUGUUCCCUUCUCGAAUUCCAGACAUUACUUCCGGGACAGCGCCCUUGAUUGUAUUGGGCAGAUAUCAGGGGACGUUCCCCGAGACCCUUCAAGCUAGAGGUACCCUUUCGGAUAACAGUAAUAUUUCGAUGGAGCUGAAGGUGCAAGAAGCAGAGGAAGAAGUAGUACCUAUAAGCAAGAUGCUGGCAAAGCAAGAAGUCGAAAUACUUACAGCCGAGGCCUGGUAUUCAGACAGCCAGGAGCUCAAGAAAAAGAUAGCAGAUAUUUGUGUUCGGAAUAACCUAGUUUCGGAGUACACAGACAUGAUCCUACUCGAGACUGUAAGAAGGAAAACUAAAGCAGACAAAACCACCGCGCCAAACAAGCCUAAGGUUUCUUCUAAAGUAGCUGAUUCUCAUGGGGUCGAAGAACCGAAGCCUCAAAAAAUAUUAGUGCUACGUAACAUUGGAAUAGGUUUCGGGAACUUACGUGCCACAGCCGAAAAUCUUUACUCUGGAACUGGCUAUCAAUACGCUGCCCUCGAAGAUGAAAAUGGCGGUUCCAGUUGCUGCCGAAAUCUCUGUCGAUAUUGCUGCGGCAUGGGCUGUAUCCAGAUCUUGUCAAAGAUCAAUGACCAGUUAGCGGUCGCACUCACUCAGUUGUGUUGCGGCUUUACAUGUUGGGGUUGCUUUGAGUGUUGUUCCGAUGCAUGCUCGACCUGCUGCGAAUGCUGCGAAGGAUAAUAAGGUUAAAAAGUGUAUAUGUAUAAAAAGAUACGUAUAUAUAUAUAUGUGUGUGUGUGUGUUUAUUACCCAGCAGGCGGAAGGCAGCAUGCGGAAGGAAUCCAUCGAUAUGUAUCAAACAGUUGCACAGUCUAUGAGAUGUUUUCGGAUAUAUAU